AUGCCUCUACCUUUCUCCAUAGUCCUUUGGCGUAGCUGCAGUGACCGCAUCAGGCCUGGCAGGUGCUGCCUGCCAGCCUUCCGGCACCUGCUAUAUAUUCAGGAGCGAGGUGGAGUGAUGCAGAAUAUGAACGCAGCAGUAGCAGAGAUGGCUACCGACGACGCAGGCGGUCGCGCGAGGUUUUGGACACAGAUGCACGCUCUCUUCCUCAAGAACCUCUCCUUCCAGAGGAGGAACGCGAGAGCCAACGCCACGAUCGCGGCGUUCCCAGUGCUGGUGUGCGUGCUCCUGUUCGGGAUGCAGAGCCUGGGUUCAAGCACGCCACCUGCACAUGUACUGAACGUUGAGCCGGCCUUUGCUCCAAACGAGACCCUGUACGUGCUCCAGCCGCAGUGUCUGUGGAAUUCAGGCACUGUUUCAGCGACUUAUAAUGAGUUGCCACUACAAUACUGUUAUGACUUCCUUGAUACAAGCAUGACAAGCUUACAAGUAUAUAUUUCGUACAACUCCACCUUCAGUUGGGAUGAUGGUGAUGAUGAUAACGGCGACGACGGUUCCAUGACAGUUUUGCGUGUUCCACGGUUGGUUAACAUGGCAUCCACGGCAUAUCUGAAGCUUCUUCUAGGAGCAGAUGCAAAAAUGGACUUAGACUAUUUGAAGGAGAUGCCAAAGCCUGAAACUAAAAUGACGAUGGACCUAACUCCUCUUCUUGACCCACUAUUCUUUACCUGGGUAGUUCAACUCCUCCUUCCGGUAACAGUUACACUUCUUGUUUACGAGAAGGAACAUAAACUGAGACUAAUGAUGAAAAUGCAUGGGCUAAAGAAUGCUCCUUACUGGUUGAUAACUUACGCCUACUUCUUGUGCCUAUCAACAGCUUACAUCACCCUCUUAAUGAUUUUUGGGUCCCUUUUAGGGCUAGACAUAUUCAGAUUAAAUAACUACGGAGUACAAUUCAUAUUCUAUUUCACAUAUAUCAAUCUCCAGAUUGCGCUUGCAUUUUUGUUCGCGUCUUUCUUCUCAAGUACCAAGACUGCUAGUGUAAUUAGUUACAUCUAUGUAUUUGGCUCUGGCCUUCUCGCAGAUUCACUUUUUGUGUACUACAUCCAGGAUACCACUUUUCCAUAUAAAUGGCUUGUGACGAUGGAGCUUUUUCCUGCAUUCUCCCUCUACCGAGGAAUAUACGACCUUGCAGGGUAUGCCUAUGCAGGGCGUUAUCUGGGAAAUCCUGGGAUGCAAUGGACGGACUUAAACGACCUACUGAACGGGAUCAAAGAUGUUUUGGUCCUAAUGUCUGCCGAAUGGAUAUUUCUGAUUCCUGUGGCGUUUCUACUGGACCACUGGCCUGUCUGGCAAUGGAAUCCUCUAUCUCUCUACAGAUUGCUGUCGACGAAGCGUUCACAACUUUCAGGAACACUAAACGAAGUGAACAGCAAAUCCACGAGGGUGUCGAUUGAUAUGGCGAAGCCUGAUGUUUUCUUAGAGCGCAAGGUGGUUGAACGAUUACUAAAGAAAAAAAUGGGCAAGAGGGGCAUGGUCAUCUGUGAUAAUCUGAAGAAAUUGUACCCCGGAAAGAAUGGAAACCCUGACAAGGUUGCAGUCAGAGGGUUGUCACUUGCUUUGCCUAGAGGGCAGUGUUUCGGGAUGCUUGGUCCCAGUGGGUCAGGCAAGACUUCUUUCAUCAGCAUGAUGAUUGGCCUUCAGAUGCCAUCAUAUGGAACAGCGUACAUAGACGGAAUGGAUUUGAGGAAGGAUAUGGAUGAAAUAUAUGCAAAUAUUGGUGUAUGUCCACAGCAUGAUCUACUUUGGGAGACUCUGACAGGAAGGGAGCACUUAAUGUUCUACGGUCGGAUGAAGAAUCUCACAGGUGUCGCUCUAACAAAGGCCGUGGAAGAAUCCUUGAAGAGUGUAAAUCUGUUCCAUAGCGGGUUUGGCGACAAAUCUGCAAGCACGUAUAGCGGUGGCAUGAAAAGAAGGCUCAGCGCCGCCAUCGCCCUCAUAGGCAACCCUAAAGUUGUUUACAUGGAUGAACUAAGCACCGGACUGGACCCUGCAUCAAGGAGGUACCUUUGGAACGCCGUUAAGCAAGCAAAGAAAAACUGCACCAUUAUCCUUACCACGCAUUCGAUGGAGGAGGCUGAUGAGUUGUGUGAUCGUGUUGGUAUCUUUGUCGAUGGCGACUUCCAUUGUCUUGGAACUCCUAUUGAGCUGAAGGCGAGGUAUGGUGGGACAUGGAUCCUGACGAUCAUGACGGAGCCAAAACACGAGGGCGAGGUGCAGGAGCUGGUGAACCAGCUCUCGCCUGGUGCUUCCAGAAUCUACAGUCUGUCUGGCACGCAGAAGUUCACCUUGCCUCGUCGGGAGGUGGGGCUGGAUGGUGUUUUCAGGGUGGUGGACAUGGCGCGGCGUGCAUUCCCAGUGCUGGGGUGGGGUGUGGCAGGUGCCACACUGGAGGACGUCUUCAUCAGAGUGGUCAAGGACGCGCAGGUGUCUGACGAUAUGUCCUAG